UGCAGAUCCCACCAGUUGUCUGACAGGACUUCUGUCACUGUGUGCGUCCUGUCUGUGCAACAUGCACAAAGUACUGUGCAGUGCCGUGGGCCGUGGUGGACGGGACACCGGACUGUCCUGCUGUCGGAUCGCUUUGGCCAAAUUCCACUUAACGAGUGGUCCAUUAUGCCAAAAGUCAGCUUUAAAAGACCCGUCCUCAGACCUCCCAGAAAUGCCCCCGUGUGAUUUCAUACCAGACAAGUACAAGGGUAUGUCAAAAGAACGAAUGAUGCAGAUCCGCAAGCAGAACUGCAAUCCCAUGACCAUGAAGGUUACCAGCUAUAAGACCCCAGCGUUUAUCCAUCAGGGACACAUGCAGUGGCUGUGGGACGUGGAUGGGAAGCGUUACCUGGACCUGUUUGCUGGUGUGGCUACUGUCAGUGUGGGCCACUGUCAUCCUAGGGUGACAGAAGCUGCAGUGGACCAGCUGAAGAGGCUGUGGCACACCACCAACAUCUACGCCUACCCUCCCAUUCAUGAGUACACUGAGAAACUGGCCUCCCACCUUCCUGAUCCUCUGAAGGUGAUAUACUUGACCAACAGCGGAUCAGAAGCUAAUGACCUCGCUAUGCUAAUGGCUCGCCUUCAUACAGGCAACUAUGACAUCAUUACAUUUAGAGGUUCAUACCACGGCGGCAGUCCACAGACAAUGGGCCUGACCUCCAACUCAGCGUACAAGUACCCCAUCGCUAAUGGUUUAGGCUGCACUAAUACCAUGUGUCCUGAUGUGUUCAGAGGUCCAUGGGGAGGAAGCCACUGCAGGGACUCCCCCGUGCAAACAAUCAGAGACUGUGGAUGUGCACAAGGUCAUUGUAUGGCAAACGAUCAGUACAUUGGACAGCUCAAAGAAACAUUUGCUACCAGUGUCCCCAGUCGGAUCGCUGCUUUCUUUGCAGAGCCCAUUCAGGGAGUAGGAGGGGCUGUGCAGUAUCCGAAAAACUACCUCAAGGAGGCUUACAAACUUGUCAGAGAGAGAGGAGGGGUCUGCAUCGCUGAUGAGGUCCAGACUGGAUUUGGUCGAACAGGAGGGCACUUCUGGGGUUUCCAAAGUCAUGAUGUCCUUCCUGAUAUCGUUACAAUGGCAAAGGGUAUUGGGAAUGGGUUCCCAAUGGGAGCUGUUGUUACAACAGCAGAAAUCGCUGCCUCCUUUGGUAAGGGGGUUCACUUUAACACUUUUGGAGGAAACCCUGUUGCGUGUGCUGUUGGCUCAUCAGUACUGGACGUUAUCAAAGAGGAUGGAACACAGGAGAACAGUCUCCACGUGGGCACCUACCUGAUGACAGAGCUGGCUAAACUCAGAGACAAAUAUGAGAUUAUUGGGGAUGUCCGCGGGAAAGGCCUGAUGAUCGGUGUGGAGAUGGUCAAAGACAAGGCCAGCAGAGACCCAUUACCUCCAGAUGCAAUGAAUGAGAUAUUUGAGGACGUUAAGGACAUGGGAGUCCUGAUUGGGAAAGGAGGAGUAUACGGACAGACCUUCCGCAUUAAACCUCCCAUGUGCAUCACCAUGGAUGACGCGAAUUUCUUCAUCGCUGUUUUUAACAAGUCCAUUCACGACUUCAUGGAAAGAAGAUAGAAAUUAGAUCAGAAACCUGCUUCCAGUGCACCGAGGAGGAAACA